AUGUACCGCUUCGGCCGCGACCUUACGGGGCGUAAAGCUUCCAUGAAACUGCCUUCUUUGCAGAACUUUAGUCAACUCACAUCAAGAAGACGUUUGGCCGCAAAUGUUCUCGUGCUACAGCAAUGGAGACGCCAGGCAACCGUUGCCACCAUCAUACCACGCACUUCUCCGGACAACUACGUAGCGCAGGCAUACUCCGCUUGGAAAGCCUCACCAGAGUCAGUACACGAGUCAUGGCGCGAAUAUUUCCAACAUUUGGAGCACGGGAUAGGCCUCAUUCGUGGUGUCUCGGAAACCAACAUACCGCCGGAGUACACGACAAGUGGCGCAUCAUUGCAAUACCAGAGCCCCCGUUCCAGUGAAACAGACAACUUGGCCAAGCUUCUAAAGGUGCAGCGCCUCGUGCAAGCGUAUCAGUCCCUUGGCCACCUCAAAGCCAAGACCAACCCGUUGGGGCUUGAAGGAACAGGUAUCCCUUUUGCUGCACCUCCGGAGUUGGAUCUCGGCUAUUAUGAACUCACUGAGGCGGAUCUGGACGACAAGUUCAUGUUGGAUGAGACAAUUCUCCCUCAUUUUGCAACUGAAAAUCGCGAUCAUAUGACGUUGCGGGAGAUCAUCGCCGCCUGCGAGACGACAUACUGCAGCUCAUACGGCGUAGAAUACUCACACAUUCCCGAACAGGAGAAGCGUGAAUGGAUCCGCAGCCGCCUUGAAGUGCCCCAACCGAUCCAGCCAUGCGCAGAAGAGAAAAAGGACUUCCUCAAAGACAUUGCAGCGGCAGCAGCCUUUGAGAAAUUUAUUGCGACCAAAUACCCUGUCGAAAAGCGCUACGGUCUGGACGGCGGAGAAACUCUGGUGCCUGGCAUGAGAGCGUUGGUGCAUCGCUGUGUCGAAUUGGGAGCCAAAGAUUUUGUAAUUGGUUCACAACAUCGAGGCCGACUGAACGUGAUGAGCAAUGUCUUUGGGCUUCCGUAUGAGUUGGCCCUUCAAAGAUUUGGCGGUGACAUGUCGCUCAUCGCGGGCCAAACUGGGGACGUCAAGUAUCACUUGGGGAUCGAUAACCGGCUGACGACCCCAUCAGGAAAAGACUUCAAUGUAUCUUUUCUCCCGAAUCCGUCACAUCUGGAGGCUGAAGAUCCGGUUGCCAUUGGAAAGGCGAGGGCUGUGCAAGACAGCAAUGCUGGGGAUCAAGACAGCACUGUAUGCAUCAACAUUCACGGCGACGCUGCAAUUGCUGGCCAAGGGGUCGUCUAUGAGACCCUUACUCUCUCUCAACUUCGGAAGUUCUCUGUCGGCGGUGUCAUUCAUGUCACCGUCAAUAACCAAGUCGGCUUCACCACGGACCCCCAAGACUCAAGAUCUACGCUUUACUGCACUGAUGUUGCAAAGGCAAUCAACGCCCCUAUAUUCCACGUCAACGGAGAUGACCCCGAAGCAGUAGCAUUCUUCUUCAAAUUGGCAGCGGAGUGGCGUGCCAAGUUCAAAUCUGACUGCUUUCUCGAUCUCGUGUGUUACCGGAAGUACGGCCACAAUGAGAUGGACCAACCUGCCUUCACCCAACCAUCUCUCUACAAUAGAAUCUCCCAGCAGCGUCCCAUCCUUGAUAUCUACGGAGAUAAACUUCUUUCUGAAGGCGUCAUCUCUCGAAGGGAAUGUGAGGAUAUCAAAACACAUGCCUGGGACACUCUUUCCGCCGCCUUCGAGGCAAGCAAAAGCUACGAGCCACCAGAGAACGUCCUUUAUCCCCAUCUCUACUGGUUCUCAAUUCCCUCGCCAACGGCUCUUUCAGCAAGCGUAGCGAACGGUCAAUCCCGCACUGCCAUCGAAAAUGAGACCAUUACUACAAUCGCGUCCAAGAUUGCCUCCUUGCCCGACGAUUCCUUCGCUCUACAUCCCAACCUCGACCGCAUCUUAGCUGCGCGCAAGAAAACCCUCGACGAAGGCAUCAACAUCGACUGGUCUACAGCUGAAGCACUGGCGUUCGGCUCUCUCGUCCUCGAAGGGCACCCAGUCCGCAUUUCCGGCCAGGACGUCGAGCGCGGCACCUUCUCCCAGCGGCACGCGGUCCUGCACAACCAACAGCAGCUCCCGAUCCCGACUACAACAGGCGAAUCCCCCAAGGAGAUCCUUUCGACCUGGACACCGCUCGCUAAUCUCGACCCUGCGCAAGCUCCCUUCGUGCCGGCCAACUCCCCGCUCAGUGAAUUCGGUGUGCUGGGCUUCGAGUACGGCUACUCCCUCGGCAACCCGGCUGCACUGGUCAUGUGGGAAGCGCAGUUCGGCGACUUUGCGAACAACGCGCAGGUACUGAUUGACAACUUCAUCGCGAGCGGGGAGGCCAAGUGGUUGCAGCGGAGCGGCGUUGUGCUGAGCCUGCCGCAUGGGUUCGAUGGGCAAGGACCGGAGCAUUCGAGUGCGAGGCUGGAGAGGUUUUUGCAGUUGGGAGAUGAGGAACCUGAUAAGUUCUUGGAAGCUCUUGUUAUAUUCUUCUCCAAGUCUCUUCUGCGGCAUCCAUUGGCAAAAUCCAAGGCCGAGGGUUUCACCGGGGACACCGCUUUUCGUCAUGUCAUACCAGAUGCUGAACAUGGGAAUGACAUCAUUGAGCCCGACGCUAUCAAGCGUGUAGUCCUCUGCUCUGGCCAGGUUUAUGCUGCGCUGCAUAAGUAUCGGAGAGCAAGUGGCGUAAAAAACGUGGCUCUUACGCGAGUGGAGCAGGUUCAUCCAUUCCCUUGGAGUCAGGUGAAGGAGAAUCUGGAUCAAUAUCCUAAUGCUCAAAGUGUGAUAUGGUGCCAGGAGGAGCCACGCAACGGCGGUGCAUGGCAGCAUGUCCAACCCAGGAUCGAUACUGUGCUUUCCGAGACUAAGCAUCAUGUCGACAAACGUGUGGAGUAUGUCGGAAGAAUUCCAUAUGCUGGUGUCGCUACAGGAUCUAAGGCGGUGCAUGUGGAAGAAGAGCAAGAGCUUCUGAAAGCUGCUUUGGAUGUGCCGGUGCAGAUCAACAUGGGGGAUUUUGCAAGCGUUCUCGACAGUGCCACGACUUUGAAGGAUGAAGGCAAAGACACACGCGUCCUGCACGGAGCUGCAAUGCGCGCCAUUACCGGCAAGGGGACCACAAUCUUCUCCAAAAUGUCAGGCGUGACCUCACUGGAUCCACGAUCAGACCCUGUUUCUUUCGACAGUGUUUUCCUCGUUGCAUCUUGCACAAAGCUUCUCACUUCCAUUGCUGCCAUGCAGUACGUCGAACGGGGCUUGAUUAGUCUUGAUGAGCCCCUAGAUCAACAUCUCCCAGAACUCUGCUCUCAACCUAUCUUGUCCGAGGGACCAGAGGGCGAAUUUUCCUACCGCGAGCGUAAAGUGGCUAUAACGCUGCGCAAGCUUCUUACCCACUCAGCGGGCGUGGGGAGUGAUACCGCAUUUCCGGUACACGCUCGAUGGCGCGAGAGUCGCGGAGAAGAACCACAAUACUAUACUGCAGAUGUGGUCAGGAGCUACUCACUGCCACUGCUGUUUGAGCCAGGCGAAGGGUGGGCAUAUGGCGGAGGAACCGACUGGGUUGGCAAGUUGGUCGAACGACUGACGCUCAAGCAACAGCUGCAAAACAAACAAGAAGCCCCCUCAACGGAUCAAGGCGUCCUUGAGGAUUACUUCAUCAAAAACAUUUUUGAGCCGCUGGGAAUGCAUUCAUCCGCAUUCCUCCUUGCACGCCGUCCGGACCUACGGGCUCGUCUCGUCCAAACAGUCCAACGCAGCUCCAACCCCGACGAGAACUUUAUUCCCGCUGAUACUUGGCACGCAGAUCCCCCUGUUGACUGCAUGGGGGGACGUGGCCUGUAUUCUACCGUUUUGGACUAUACGGCUGUCCUGCAAGAUCUUCUUCAGCCAUCACCGCAACUGCUCAAGAAGGAGACAGUCGACAUGAUUUUUACUCCUCAGCUGCAGGAAGGGAGUGCAGCACAUAAAGCUUUCAAAGAGGAGGUUGGCCCCGGGCCUAUGAAUGGGGGACUCAUCAAUGAGGGGUCCCAAAUAAACAUUGGACUUGCUGGACUGCUGGUGUGCAGUGACAAUACCGAGAUCGGAAAGGUCAAGAAUACGAUGACAUGGGGGGGCAAGGGGAACCUUUUGUGGUUUAUCAACAGAGAAGCAAAUGAUGGAGAGGGAAUUGCGGGCAUGUUUGCUACACAAAUCCUGCCAGAUGCGGAGGAGAAGACUCGGGAGAUUGUCAAAGGUUUUGUGAAAGAGGUGUGGGGAAGUGUUUAA